AUCAUCCUCUCACUCACAAUAAAUGCUUUUCCUCGAAACCCUAAAUCUCACCAUUCUCUUCCCCUUUCGAAUGGCGUUAAGGAGCAAAGAGACGGAAGAAGAGAACAAGAGAAUCAACGAGAUCGAUGAACCAGAAGAAGACGAAGAUAAGAAGAUGGAGAUGUUCUUCAAUCUCAUAAGAAACUACCAGGAGGCCAGGAAACGAAGACGACAAGAGUUAAUCGAAGAUUCCGGCGAAACUGCUCCGAAUCCGACCAAGAGGUCCGACAACGGAGAAAAAUCCGGCAUUGCUCCUCCUGUGUUCCGCACCGAGGAUUUCACUCACUGUAUAGACUUGAACUUGGAGCCAAUUGUCUCCACCGAGGAGGAGAAACAAGAAGAAGAAGAGGAGGAGGAGGAGACAAGAGAAGAGAAUGUUUUAGAUCUUAAUCUCGCAUUGUAAUAAUAAAAAUACUUCGCUCUGUUUUUCUGUUUCGUGAACUUUUAAUUUUUACAAUGCAAUACAUAAACAGUGAACUGAUUAUAUAUAUAAGGGAUUCAUC